AUGUUUUUUUUAGUGACUGAUAACUUUGAAGAGGUACUAAAACAGUCCAGUCUGCACCCUAAGCCAUCUGGGUUGGUUUUGGAGUAUGGCACAUCUGGCUUCAGGACCAAUGCCAAACAUCUGGACCACAUCAUGUUCAGAAUGGGUAUACUGGCAGCACUCCGCUCCCAGAAGACCAAAGCUACCAUUGGAGUCAUGGUGACUGCAUCCCACAACCCUGAGGAGGACAACGGGGUGAAGCUGAUUGACCCGAUGGGCGAGAUGGUGACACCCGCAUGGGAGGGCUACGCCACCCAGCUGGCCAAUGCUGAGCAGGAAGAUCUGCUUGCAGCUUUGAAGGACAUAAUAGAGAAGGAGUCCAUAAACGUGAGCCUGGAGGCAAACGUGUUUGUUGGAAAAGAUACCAGAAGCAGCAGUGCCAGGCUUUCACAGGCAGUGUUGGAUGGAGUUAAAGCCCUUGGUGGUCACAGCAAAGACUACGGCUUGGUCACCACCCCACAGCUUCACUACAUGGUUUGCUGCCAGAACACACAAGGAAAAUAUGGAGCUGCAACAGUAGAAGGAUAUUACAGCAAACUCAGCCAAGCUUUCAGCCAGCUCACUAAGAAUGCGUCAAACCGUACAGAUGACCAGAAGCACCUCUGCGUUGAUGGUGCUAAUGGCAUCGGAGCCCUGAAGGUGCGUGAGAUGGAGGGUCAUCUGAAGAACGACCUGCAGAUGUCCAUCUUCAACGAUGGCAGCAAAGGGACGCUGAACCUCCACUGUGGAGCCGACUUUGUCAAAGUGCAGCAAAAACCUCCAACAGGUGUGCCCUCAGUUGGAAAUGGAGACUGGGGUCAGCCAGUGGCUGUGGUUGAGGAAAAUGGCCUCAGCCGCAGCAUUGAGAUUAACCCGGGAGACCGUUGCUGUUCUUUUGAUGGUGACGCUGACCGAAUUGUGUACUACUACACUGACUCUCAGGGACAUUUCCACCUGCUGGAUGGAGACAAGAUAGCAACUCUCAUCUGCACUUUUCUUAAAGAGCUGCUUAAUCAGGCUGCUCUAGACCUAAAGGUCGCAGUGGUGCAAACCGCCUAUGCGAAUGGAAGCUCUACACGCUAUCUGGAGGACGUAAUGAAGGUAAUAAUAAAGUGCACUAAGACUGGAGUGAAGCAUCUCCAUCAUGCCGCCCAGGAGUUUGACAUUGGUGUGUACUUUGAGGCAAACGGCCAUGGAACCGUGUUAUUCAGUAAGGCGGCAGAAGAGAAAAUCCAGCAGCUAGCUGAAGACGGCAGCAUCAGCGGCGAGAGGAAGAAGGCCGCUCUGCUGCUGCAAAGCACCAUCAGCGUCAUCAACCAAACUGUAGGAGAUGCCAUAUCUGACAUGCUGCUGAUUGAGGCCAUCUUGGCCAUCAAAGGGAUGACGGUGCAGCAGUGGGACACCAUCUACACCGACCUGCCCAACCGGCAGCUGAAAGUCAAGGUUGCAGACCGGAGGGUGAUAGACACGACAGAUGCUGAGAGAAGAGCAGUGAGCCCAGCCGGGCUGCAGGACGCCAUCGACAGCCUGGUGAAGAAGUACAGACAGGCCCGCUCCUUUGUGAGGCCCUCUGGUACCGAGGAUGUGGUGAGAGUUUACGCAGAAGCAGACACACAGGAGGGGGCCGAUGCCUUGGCACAUGAAGUCAGCCUUGCAGUGUAUCGCCUCGCAGGCGGAGUGGGGGAUGAACCCCAACCACUGCACUAG